CAUUCAUCGAAGACGAAGAAGAGGAAACAGACUCGUACAAAGAAAAUAGAAAUCAAAAAAUUAAUAAUGAGGAGUGAUCCGCUUACGAAAAUCGCAACAAAUUGUUUUCGUUGACGCGACACGCGUGCCGCGAGUAACGGGACAACGCUGCACAGCCAAAAAACGCGGAUGCUCGGAGGCGAAAAACACACAAAGACAGAGCAGUAGGCCCGAAGCAAAACGCAAAGACACGGUAGCAGCAGCAAAGACAAACGCAAAGGCAAAAGCAGCGCAGGGAUUUUGGAGGCUGCAUUAAAAAACAAAAGACAAUAGAGAAAAAUCUUAAAAAUAUCACCUAAAAUCUGCGGUCCCAGGAUGAGCUGCAAGGUGCGGCUUAUGGAGGACGGGUCGCUGGAUGAGGAGCCGCUGACCCUCAAGGAAAUCGCCUACCAGAAGCUGUGCAACAACCUGGACAUCAUAAGCAACCACAGACCAGAUGGCCAGCGCAUCCUCAACGCGGGCAUUGUCCUGCCCAACGAGAUUUGUGACGGUUUCCUGGAGAACUACCAGCGUUUCAAUCGGCCGCUCGACGACAGCGUCAUCCGCCUCUUCGAGGACACUCAGCGCACCUCACUGAAGAUUGUCAAUCUGCGAAACAGUACCCUCAGCAGCGUGGGUUUGGAGACCCUGAUGCGGCACAAGCUUUUCUCUCUGUCCAUGUGGUACUGCGACAUGAUCACCGUGGGAUCGCACCAUUUACUAGCCCACUACGGCGACAGUCUGCGCUCCUUGGAGCUAGGAAUCAGCUCGCAUCUGCUCCAGUAUGCGGAGCCCAAUGAGAAGGAGCCGGUGGACUUUCAGCUCACCUGUCCCCACCUGCGGCGGCUGGUGCUGAACGGCGUGGUUAUGCACCAUCGACUUCAGUUUGCCCAUCUGCACGACCUGGGUCACCUGGACUUGACCUCCUGCGUGCUAGCCAACUUUAGUCUAGAAGCACUGGUGUCCCUGCCGAACCUGCACACCCUCAUCCUGUUUAAUGUGUGGCCCAUAGCCAACCAGCUGCAUGCUAUCUGCUGUCUGAGGCGUCUCUGCACACUGGACAUCUCCAUAUCCAGCUCGGGCAACGGCCAGGGCACCUACGACCUGCCGGACCAAACCUUGGAGAUGCUCAUGGACAACCUGCGCCACCUGACACACCUGGAUAUAUCCGGCACGAAUUUAGCUGGCAACGGCGUGGCCACCAAGGAGUCUACGAGUGCCAGCAGCACACAGCUCAGCACCAAGAUGGAGCAGCAGUUCGCCCUCACCGAUAUACCGGGACUAGCAUCCCGCACCCAAAGGCCCCUGCAGUUCCUCGGCCUUUAUCACACCGCCCACUGGGCCUGCAAGAGGCAUGACAUCCCGGCUCUGGAGGUGGCCGGCGAUGCCAACGAACAGCAGAUACUUACAGCAGCGCGGUAUUAUCAUGACAGACCAGUGCUUUUGACCAGGGUACUCAACGAUCUGUACCAUCUGUUCCGCUUUGAAAACUGCAAGGAUAUACACACGGCCCUGGAUGUUGUGCUCUCUGCGAUGGAUCGGCACCUAAAGUUUAAGCACAUGCAGAUCUCCGGCAGCGCCACUCUGUUCUACAUAGUCAAGGGCAGGGAUCGGUCCAAAUUCGGAACCCUACUCCGCAACCACAUCAUUCGGACCCUGCUCAACGGCAUGGAAAUGCACCUCUCGGACGACACCAUGCUCCGGAAUGGUUACCUCACGCUGACUCAGUUUCAUAUGCCCAUUGAUGUGCUCUUCGAGUACGAGCGUCUUAUUAAGAUCCUGCUGCACGGCGUUUCUAAAACGGAGCAGGAGGGGUUUGUUCAGCGCAUUGCCAUCUACCUGCUGAACACCCUCGCGUGCCAGGUGGACGGGCGGCAGAAGCUCUUCCUGGGAGAGCUGGGGGUAGUGAGUACAAUGCUAACCCUUAUCAAGGACCGCUUGACUCGAUCCGUGUUCGAUGAUGUUAUGGAAGUGGCGUGGUCCACCAUGUGGAACGUAACCGAUGAGACUGCUAUUAAUUGUAAGAGAUUCCUCGAUGGACGCGGCAUGGAGUAUUUCCUCAAGUGUUUACAUACCUUCCCAGACCGAGAGGAGCUGCUUAGGAAUAUGAUGGGCCUGCUCGGCAACGUGGCCGAAGUGAAGUGGCUGCGACCCAAGCUGAUGACCCAAGAGUUCAUAGAGGUAUUCGCCCGACUGCUGGACUCAUUGAGCGACGGCAUCGAGGUGGGUGCUAGUGCGAGCUUGUUUUCGGUGGUGCGCAAUAGGGAGAUACAUCCUAACUAUGCUAACCUGCGCUUCCAGGUCAGCUACAAUGCAGCUGGGGUCUUGGCACACAUCGCCUCCGAUGGAGCCGACGCCUGGACCAUCAAAACGCCCACCCGGGAGCACGUGCUGGAUCGAAUGGUGGCCGCCAUCCAGCGCUGGAACCUCAAGAGCGAGCGGAACAUCAACUACCGCAGCUUUGAGCCAAUCCUCAGCUUGGUGCGCUGCUACGAGACUCCAGAAUGCCAGCACUGGGCUGUGUGGGCCCUAGCGAAUCUAACACAGGUGUACCCUGAGAAAUAUUGCCAGCUGGUGGAACAGGAGAACGGCAUCCAGAUCCUGAACGAGCUGAUCGACCACGAGAGCCCCUACUGCGAGAUCAAGCGCAUCGCCCGCCUUGUGAUUGAGCAGUGCGACUCUGGGUCAGAGCGGAUGAUCGAGGGCUAAGGCUGCAAAGGGCGGGAUGCACGAUAGCCUGAUUUGUUGAUAUGUUUUUUUAGCUUCCAUUGUUUCCCGUUUCAAGGCAAAGUGCAAGUGUUAUGUUGUUCAGGAGAUUCUUCAAUCUCAACUACUCCUUUUCUUUCGUUUUCCUCGAGAGACACCGACAGAUGGAACUUAAGCUAUAUGCUCAAGAGAGAUUUAGAAAGAAGCUCCCUAAGAGAAGCGAACAGGAUAUAUUCAAUAAUAAACAUUAUUUCUAGAAUCUAGAUUAUAUAUAUGUAUGAUUGUAUAUGUAUAUGUAUAUGAUGCAUCACAUGUUGUAAGCAGGCGAUCUAUUAGGCAGUCGGAAGUGUAAAUAUUGUUAAAACCGGGAUAGGAGGAUAAACCAAAAGACAGGAGGAAGGAGUAGGGCUAGCAAUAGAGCUGCAGAUUAAAGAAAACUUAAGAAUUCAA